AUGCCCUCGAACUCUCCAGAACAGUAUCCAUCGCUACUUUGGAUCACCAUCCCACCCAUUUUGUUGUUAUCAGCAUACUAUGUGCGGGAGUGGUAUCUUGCGAGACGCCUACGCCUGCACGGUAUCGGCAAAGGCGCACCUGGCUUCCAAACUGGUGUCCGGCGCGUCCGCAUAACGCCCGAUGUUGCUGCGCGAAUCAGACGAGGAGAGGAUGUCAGUCCGGAGGAGAUCGAGGCUGCGUCGAGAAAGGCAGACCAGGAAGAGGAAGCGCAGAAACAAUUCCGGUCCAGCUCUUCGGCAAACGCGAACAUCUCGGGUGGAUUGCCAAGAGGUGUAAUCGAGGAGAGGGAUGACAGACAUUUGCUUGAUUCCGGUGAAAGUCGGCCCACAGAGGCCACCAAGCCGCAGGAGACAGCGGUUAACGAAUGGCUGCCGGAGUCUAUCACCAGACCAACGAAAAGAAAGAAAGGACGUCGUUAG